AAGGCAACAAAUUGUUACUUGUUGCGCGUCGUCAAUUCGGAGUUUCUUGCUCCGACUACUCCUCCGUUUGGUCUGAUCGUCGCCGAGGCGACGUCUUCGGCGGCGACGUGACGCGGAUGACGUGACCGGUCCGCGAGAAAGAGAGCGAGCGAGGAAGCACGGGGCGGCGGACGCGUGGAGGAGGAGGACGACGACGACGACGACGACGCGCCCCUUGACGUAGGCCAUUUUGCGCGGCGUCGGGACUGAUGAAAGGGCCUGUUCCUUCAGGGGCAAACGCAAAGCUCGCUCGCUCUCCCUUUCCCAGGUAAACGUGUUCGCGCGGCCGAGAGCUCGAGAUUGCCUUCCCUCGUACGUUCGGGUAACAUCCCUCCGAAUAUACGAGCGUCUGGAGUUCGUUCAGAACGUUGCGUAUGGCUCGCAGAUUUCCGUGAUGUCGAACGGGAGUAGCAAGUGAGGAAGGAACUGGUCUGCCCGGAGGAGAUACGAUCGAAUAAGGAAACGGCCCGGAGAUAGAAAUCGCUACGUGACGCAAUGGCAGAAACGGUGGAGAACAUAGAGAUCAUAAAGAUUGAGGAGUGUACUGAUGAUGCAUUACUCGAGGACGAAGCCACGGAGAUCUUGUUCGAUGGGAACGUCUUACAAGACGAUUCUAUAGUCGUGGCCAGUAGACCAGCCACUGAUAAUGAAAAAGAUGAUGUGGUUAUUUCGAUUAUAACUGAUUAUCAAUGUGUCACGUGUCACCGUAUUUUCCAGUCGGAGGAUAUGCUGCAGAAGCAUGUAGACGUGUGUAGAGAGGAGGAUGACUCAGGCAAUAUUAUGCUGGAUAAUAUGGAAAAUUACGAUUCAGAGGAGGAGGACGAAGAGGAUGAGGAUGAUCCUCUAGGUUUGAGUGAUGAUGAUUCGGAUUCUAAGAGCCAAAAGAAUAACAAUGAAAAACCUGUCAUCAAGCCCGUGCCCGACACGCAGUGCCAUUGCUGCGCGGAGGACUUAAAGACGGCGCAUAGCGGCGGCGAGUACAAGUGUUCACAUUGCGAUCUCAGUUUCAAGAAGAAGGCGUCACUCGAGAGACACGUUAUAGUCGUACAUUGGAAGUGCGACUCGUGUGUAUGCAACGAAUGCGGCUCUUCCUUUCGCGACAAGAAAGCCUUGAAUAAGCAUCGCUAUACGACACACGGAGAUCACAAAAUUUUUAAAUGUGACCCUUGCGACACUUAUUUCUCCCGGAGCUACCACUUAAAUCGGCAUAUUAUGCAAUCCGGCUGUCACGGUAACAUACUUAAUACGUUCAGAUGUCAAGUUUGCGAGAAAGACUUCACGCGUAAGGACAACCUGCGGGAACACUUGCGUACUCACGCGGGAACGCCCCAGAGGCAAAAGAAGAAGUGUAAAUAUUGCCCGAAGGAAUUCUUUACGAAUCAACAAUUGCUGGUGCACGAACGGAUGCACACGGGAGAGCGGCCGGUCCAAUGCGAUUUAUGCCCGAAGACAUUCCUCUCGCCGCUUGCGCUGAAAAAACAUCGCCGUGUACACACCGGAGAGAAGCCGUUCGAGUGUAAAUUCUGUCAGAGAAAGUUUGCCGCGCGCGAAACGCUGAAUCGCCACCAACGGACGCACACGGGCGAGAAACCGCACACGUGUCAGUAUUGCGGCAAAUCGUUCAUACAGGCGGCGCAAUUACGAGCACACGUGUUCCAUCACACCGGCGAGAACGGUUUCUACUGCGACGUGUGCGGCAAGGCGUUUAAUCGGAAGGCGCGUUUAAAUAUCCACAAGAAAUUCACGCACGAGGGGGCGAUUCCAUUCACGUGCGCGGUCUGCGACAAGGGCUUCACGCGAAGGGAGGACUUGGUGAAACACUCACUGUUACACACUGGCAUCAAACCGUUCAAAUGCGACAAGUGUCCGAAAGCCUUCUCGGCGAAGUCGUCGUUGCAGGCUCACCUCAACACCCACAGACGCGAACCGCCCCAGUCGUGCGUCGAGUGCAACAGAGUGUUCAUCCGGCAAGACUGUCUGAUGCGGCACAUUCGGGCGAAGCAUCGGGAACUGCUGGAGGACGUGAUGAACGAGGUCGAGAAGAAGCAUUUGCAAACGCAGUUGUUUAACAUCGCGUCGGCCGCCGCCGCGAAAACGAAAACCGGCGAAUCUAAAAGGCUCUCCACCAACGAGUUGCUGAAGGCCAUCAUAGAUCUCCUGAGGGUACUUAUCGACGAGGAAACAUUACAGCUGUUCGGUUGGCCGGAGGCUCCGAUACAGGAUAUCCUCGAAGCCGUGAUCAGAAGAUGCGGACACGAGCCGACAACGUCGGAUGCCAACGUAAUGUUCACUGAGCGGCUACGACAAAAUGUCAAGCUUCUGUUCACCGUUGUCGUCGACACGAUGAACGACGAAACGGUGAAGUCUCUCUUGACGACGAAAACGGUGGACGACGUCAUUCUUCACGUUUUAGAAAUAUCUAACCGGAAUUAGAAACGAAAAGAUAUAAGAUUAUGCGAGGAACGACUAUGCUUUUUUCUUAAUAUUUCCUUGAAUGCUUCAAGAUUUACGAUCACGUAAAAAAAAAAAGACAAUGAGAGGUAAUUUUAAGUAACGAAUUCGUGUAAGAUAUCGAAAAAGAUGAGAUUUUUUAAAUAAGUGACAUAAUUUUAGACAUUUUUAAAGUUAAACGGAUAAGUUAGGUUACCGUCAUAACCUACAAUUUUACGUGUCUUUUAGAGUAUUUUAAAAAUUUUUAUUCGAUAUUUAAUAUAAUUUUAAUCUACUUUUAAGUAGAAUAGACAUAUUUUUUAUCUUAAUUAUGGUCGAUCUAAAAAAAAUAAUUAUGCAAUAAUUUUCUCGAGUAUAUACUAUAAUGAAAAGAUUACAGCAAGGUUUUUUAGAGUCUAGACUCCUGUGUGGUAUCACGGUAUACGAAAAAUAAGUGUGUAUACCGAGGAUUAAUACAUUUAUUAGAAUAUAUGUUGCACAUACAUUUAGGUUUACGAUUAUUAUUCUUGUAUGCAAGAGAUUGCAUUUAUACGCAAUUCUAAUUCAGAUUAAUUGUAUAUACAAACGAAGUAUAUUUGUGUGCGCAUGUAUACACAUAUAUAUAUGUAUAAUAUUUUAUAUACUACGUGGAUGGGUGAAUAAAGUGCACGCGAAUUUGUCGAAAUCAUAUUUAAAAAAAGCAUUAAAAAAAA